AUGGAACCCCUCCUCAUGCUACUCAAUCACACUCAGAUGCCAUUAGGGCGCUACAAGAAAAACCUCAUUAGACAUUUCCUUAAUGCAGCCAAAAGCCUCAUCCCUGCCAGAUGGAAAUCAUCGGACAUUCCUACCAUCUCACAAUGGAUGGACAAGGUCGAUGAGCUUUUUGCAAUGAAGUCCCUUACUGCGGAACACAAGAACGCUGCACCCGUCUGUGGACAUAUGUAG